AAUAACUCGUUCCCAAGAUUAAGAUCACCGACGACUGAAUCAAAAUCGCAGUUAUAAGCGAUACAUUUGGGGGUGAUUUGAGGGACAUUUGCUGUUUUCAAAAACCCAUCGAAUUGUAAUUUCAAAUCUAACCCAUCACACUAUUAUUUCCCCCAGAAAAAAAUCACCAACAGGAUCCAAAUAAAAUUAAACAACUGAAAUUUGGAUUUCAUCAUGGGCAUCACCUACAACGUUUUCUAUCUUCGUAGAACAUGCGAGGAAUCCCGCAGUACUCCACAGUCCAUAUGAAAUUAAAAUUACUAUUCCAGUGGAAUGCUAUGAGUCCAUUGAUUUGACUUCAUUCUUAUAAAACUGUGUGAUAAUAGGAAAGAUAGUGAAGCUGAUGCUAUAAGACGAUGGGUGUUGUUUGGCUAGGUUCCUGCAUGUAUGGAUUUCAACCUUUUCUCUUUAGCUGAGUUCUUAAAAUGUGUUUUGGUGUUUAAUAAUAAGGGUGAAAAAAAUGCAUGCCAAAAGAAAAAUAGUAAAUCUUAACAUGACACCAUUAGUUGCGUUAUAUGUCCUGAACUUCAUUGUUGCGAUGACGAAUAUCAGUGAUCAACUCAACACGUAAGGCUAUAGACAAGUUAGUAACUGUGGAUAUGGUCAAUAUUAUGGCGAAUUAUAAUUUCUUGACUGUGCAGAAGAACAUACUUUUCUCCUACAAAGGGGGACGAGUCUUCCUUGACGGUUCCUUUAUGAGGGCAGAAAAUUAUACUACAGCGAAAUUAGGUUGUUUCUGGAAAUUUACACCAUAUGACACUUACAGCGAAAUAAGCAAAUAUAUGUACUUUUAGUAGAACAGACACUCCAGAGUUUCAUUGAAAUAAAUAGAGUGUAAAUCAUGGCUUCUGUGCGUAAUUUUCCAAUUUCUUUCUUUGUACUACAAUUUGCUGUUAAUUAUCUUGCUUCUAGAUCGCAUCUACAUAUUUUGGUAUAGAUCCAUCCCUGAAGAGUCUGCCAAGACUCAUCAUAAGUGCUUUUGGUUUGCUGCAACUCCAGACACGGUUUUGUUUACUCCCUAUAUUUUGUAAUGGAACGACAAGUCGGCAAGUGCAUCGCACGUGCGUCUUUGCUAGUGUGGAUAAUGUAUUUUGUUCUCAAUUAUAAUCUUUUGAAAAAUUGUCUUCAUAGUAUGUCCCAAAAAUCACAAUUUUGAAAGAGGGAUAUGACCUAUGAGUUUCCUAAAAACAUAAACUACUUGGAGUGAAUGGUUGGCGCAAGAGGAAAAUUUUACAUGGCAAGCUCAAUGGAAAAUUGCAAAAGUAGAAGCUUUGGUAAAAUAUCUUUACCUCAGUGUGCAACAAAACCAGAUUAUAGUGCUCGGCAAUAAUCUUUUUGACUCUUUAGCGGUGCACUUCUCCGAUCAUCUUUGCAAAAUAGUUGUCAAGGGCACUGAGGACUCUGAUUUGCAACAACAGCAUCAGUUACCAUACCUUCAUGCUUGCAUAAAGAUUGGGAAAUUUGAUGAAUUGAUUAUGAAUGCUACUGAAUCUACGGUGUAUACGUUUAAUCUCUAUGAUGAUUGAUUGAUGACGAAGACUAGUGUAUCAACUUACACGCGUUUGAGCUUGAUCUUACGUGCGCUUCUGGUAGAUGCUGAGAAGGUAAAAACGUUACUAAAGCUCGAUGAGGAGACGACUAGUAUUAGCACUAAAUCAAUCAAUAUUUGGCCUUCUUUUAAUUUGGGUAUCUCAACUCUUUUUGUCGGUGUCGGUUUUAUGAGAUUUCGCACUCUCUUAGAAAAAUGAAGGAUAAAAGCAUAAAACAAUGGUGGGGGCUAAAUUGGCAGUGUCCACUAGUUUUUGUUUAAAGUCAUCAUCUCGUUGACUCCUUUCUUGAGGGUCGGAUUCUGGAUAUUUUUCCUGAAGAAAGAAGGCAAAGGAAAAACAAGAAUCAUGGCCGAAACAACACCUCAUGUACUCAUCUUCCCGUUCCCAAUACAAGGCCAUAUUAACUCCAUGCUCAAAUUAGCUGAAGUUCUCUGUAUAUCCGGAAUCAGUGUGACCUUUGUAAACACCCAGAGGAACCACUCACGGCACCUUACUUUCACUGAUGUUCAGUCCCGUUUUGGCGGUUUUCCAAGAUUCUGUUUUGAAGCUAUUCCUGACGGUCUUUCUGAUCAACCUCAUUCUAGUGGUUUCUCUAGUUUCCCAGAUUUUCUUGGUUUGCUUGAUAGAGUAGAAAAAUUUAUGAAACCCGGUUUCCGGGAAUUACUUACUUCCAAUCACCGGUUUAGAUCUGACGCACGAGGUCCAGUUUCUUGUAUCAUAGCAGAUGGUAUAUUGGGUUUUGCCAUUGAUGUUGCACAUGAGCUGGGGAUUCCGUCCAUUUCUUUUCGCACCAUCAGUGCUUGCGGUGCCUUGUGUUACUUAUGUCUGCCGAAGCUUAUAAACAACGGCGAAAUACCGUUCAAAGAUGAAGAUAUGGAUCGAUUGAUAAAGAAUGUCCCGGGGAUGGAAAACUUUCUCCGGUGUAGAGAUCUACCAAGUUUCUGCAGAGCUAAAGAUGCAAACGAUCCCAACUUAAAUUUCGUCAUUACAGAAACAUCUUAUUCAACUAGAGCUACAGCUCACAUUCUUAACACGUUUGAGGAAAUCGAAGCUCCAAUUAUCUCGCGCUUGAGAUCUUCUUACUGGCCAAAUUUAUACACAGUUGGACCUCUGAAUGCCCUGUUGAGUACCCUAAGAAGAAGUAGUAGUACCAAUUCUUCUUCUUCUUCUUCGGUAUCGGUUUCCUCGAAUGCUAGUUUGUAUGAAGAAGACAGAAGUUGUAUGACUUGGCUCGACAAACAGCCGGAGAAAUCCGUGGUCUAUGUAAGCUUUGGUAGCCUUGCUAUGGUUAGCAGGGAACAAUGGUUGGAGCUCUGGUAUGGACUAGUUAACAGCAGUUACAGAUUCUUGUGGGUUAGACGGCCGGAUUCGCUUACUGACAAAGACAAUGAGAAAAGUCAGAUGUCGGCCGAGCUGAUUGAAGCUACAAAAGAGAGAGGUUACAUGGUGGAAUGGGCACCGCAAGAGGAAGUACUAAACCAUCCUGCUGUUGGUGCAUUUCUUACGCACAGUGGAUGGAAUUCAACUUUAGAGAGCAUGGUUGCUGGAGUGCCCAUGAUUUGCUGGCCUCAUUCCGCAGAACAACCGGUAAAUAGCAGGUAUGUGAGUGAGGUAUGGAAAACUGGAAUGGACAUGAAAGAUAAUUGUAACAGAUCAACUGUGGAAAAGUUCGUUAGAGACAUGAUGGAUGGUGAUAAGAGGCAGGAGCUAAUGAAAUCAACCACCAAAGUCUCACAGAUGGCACAACAGAGUAGUAGUAUUAGCUGCAACGGCUCCUCUUACCGCAACUAUGAAGCGUUGCUCGACUUUAUAAGAAAAUCGUGUUAAAGCCCUUCUUUUGUGUGUUUAUUUGUCUUGCCUUGCGCGGUAUCAUCAGGGACGGAGCUACGUAGAGCUCAGGAGUGGCCCCCGCCCCUCCUGUUUUUGCUUUAUUAGUGAUCCUUCAAAAUUCUUACUAAUUAAACGUAAAAUCUUUUAAUAAGCCUCCCCUAAAUAAUUUGUUUUGUCUAUUAACCUUUCCUGUAUGAAAUUUCUGGCUCCGUCCCUGGGUAUCAUGAGUCCAUUAAAUUGUAUUGUAUUAUUAUCACCAUUGUACUGCUGUUGUGGUGAAAGCUACGCUUCAAUUUCUGGUUGUCAA